AUGACCAAUAACGUAUUCGUACAUUUUACAUAUGAAGACUGCAUGUAUGGUAUAUCUGUGAAGGCAUCAGUGGAGGAUGUGACGUUGUCAAUGUUACAAGAAAAGAUGUAUAAGAAGCUUGGGUUGGAUGAAAGUAAGGAAAAACUGAAAUUGAGCUACAUUCCGAUGGUGAGACGUUGCCAGAAAGCUGUAACUAUUGCUGAUGAUGACGAUCUUUAUGUUUACCUCGGAAGUGUCGAUAAAGAGAACCAAAGAUGUCUUUUGGUUGUGGAGAGUAGUGAAAGGUCGGGACCGAGACCACAAGAUAGACUUUCGAUAGCGGGUAAACGUUCUGUUGGUAUGAACUACAACGAUUUGCAGCUAUUGGAACAUGAAGUUGGACCUAAUGCAAUUACAUUGUACGUUGGUGAGAACCAAGAGAAUAACGAGGUGCGUGCUAUGGAGACUGGUACUGGUAAGGAGACUGACACUGGUAUGGAGACUAAUACGGCUGCGGAGACUGAUACUGGUAUGGAGAAUGAUACGGCUGCAGAGAAUGAAACGGUUGCGGAGACUGAUACGGCUGCGGAGACUGAUACGGCUGCGGAGACUGAUACGGCUGCGGAGAAUGAAACGGCUGCGGAGACUGAUACGGCUGCGGAGACUGAUACGGCUGCGGAGAAUGAAACCGUACAUCCAACCGCCGAUAAGUAUGUUGAAGAGCCACCUGCAAUAGUACGGAGUAGUUGUAUAGAGGAAUGGGCCGAUGGUUUGAGUCUCAAUAAACAUGACGAAUUUCCAAGUAAGAAGGCAAUUCAGGAGAUGGUGGAUAGAGCUGCAUAUAGUGAAUGUUAUCGUUAUGUCACUAAAAAGUCUGAUCGAAAUCGAUUGGUGAUAACAUGUUCGCAAGCUGACUGCAAAUGGGUAAUACGAGCUUCAGGGAUUGGUGGGACAGAAAUUUUCUCAAUAAAAAGCUACACGAAGAUGCAUACAUGCUCGCGGACACAACAAAGUGACAGCAACGACAAGAGAAGAGCGUCAGCAGAAGUAGUGGCAAGUUUUUUGAAUGAGGAAUUCCCAGGAGAUGUGCAAACUCCAACUCCAAAAGAUAUUAAGGCUCUGGUUAAGUCCAAACUUGGUGUCAUGAUAUCCUACUCCACAGCAUUGCGUGGAAAGAAUUUGGCUUCUUGUGAUACACGUGGUAGUCCGGAAGAUAGCUACAGGAUGAUGUAUAGCUAUUUGUACAUGUUAGAGCAAAUGAACACGGGAACAAAAACUAGUGUGAAAUUGGAUGACUCAGGUAAAUUCAAGUACCUCUUCAUAGCGUUGGGAGCUUGCAUUGAAGGGUUUGCAGUUAUGAGAAAAGUGAUUGUUGUCGAUGCAACAUGGCUGAAGAACGGAUAUGGGGGUGUUCUAAUUUUUGCCAAAGCUCAAGAUCCUAACCGUCAUUGCUAUCCACUUGCGUUUGCUGUACUUGAUGGAGAGAAUCAUGCUAGUUGGACCUGGUUUUUUGAGAUGCUUAGAAGCGUUAUACCAGACUCUUCUGAACUGGUUUUCAUGAGUGAUAGAAAUGCAAGUCUGAUAUUUGCCAUAGCAAACGUGUACCCUCAGGCUCACCAUGGUCAUUGUUUAUGGCAUUUGAAGGAAAAUGUUAAAGGGCAUGCUUCUAACGUCAACAAAGAUGUAGUCGGGCAUAGAUUCAUGGAGCUGGGAAAGAUGUAUACAAUGGCUGAUUUCAAUGCUGCUUACGAAAAAUUUAAGCUAAGGUUCCCUUCAGCUUACACGUAUGUGGAGGAGAAAACUGAAAAAGACAAAUGGGCAAGGGUUUUUUUCCCCCGUGACAGGUACAACUUGGACACAAGCAACAGCGUGGAAUCAAUGAACAAAGUGUUUAGAGAGGCAAGGAGGUGGGCCUUGAUACCAAUGCUGGAUUGUAUCAUUAGGACAUUCUCUGAUUGGUUUAAUCAACGUCGGAAGGAUGCUGUUUCACAAUCAUUGGGUACCAAGCUAGUGCCUCUGGUUGAGAACUACUUGCACGAUCUAUGGGUUCUUGCGCGAACGCUACCUGUGCGGGAGCUUAAUAGUUAUGAGCUAGAGUACGAGGUAAAGGAUAGUAAUGGGAAGAUGUUUUUGACGAACUUGAUUGCCAAAACUUGUACUUGCAAGGUGUGGGAUUAUGAAAAGAUUCCUUGUCUGCACGGACUGGCUGCUUACAUCUAUUACACUAAUCAGGUGGAUAGUGGGGGUGGUAGGAGCCGUGAUAUCAACAUAGUAUAUCAUGAGUUGUGCUCAAAAUACUAUUGGACGGAACUGUGGUCAUUGGCGUAUUGGAGGACAAUUUAUGCUGUGCCAGACAUGUCUGUAUGGGAAGUCCCGGAUCACAUCAGGGAGCUGAAGAUCAUACCUCCGGAUCCUAUCAAGCGUAAGGGAAGGAAAAGAGUUAAUAGACUUCCAUCUGGUGGAGAACGCCGUAGGAGGACACAAAACAAAAAGCGGCCUAGGCAAAAUUUUGGUUUCAAUUGGCUGUUAUUUGGAAAUGGUUCAAGCACUUCAGAGCAGAACACGGCCUAA